AUGGCCCGCAGUAACACUCGAGAGGAUAGGUCCACGCCAAAAGAGGUGUACAACUGGCGCUUAUACUCGGAGGCCGCAAUCAUUGCCACUGGUUCAGUACUAUAUGGAUACGAUUCAGCGUUUAUUGGAACCACCAUCUCUCGGCAGAGUUUCAAGGCUGCAUUCAAUAUUGGACCCGAUGAUGCUGCCGACAUCUCCAGUAAUAUCACGUCUACCUUUCAGGCCGGGGCGUUCUUUGGCGCCAUACUCUGCUUUCUCUUGACCGAAAAGUGUGGUCGGAAAUGGGCUCUCCAAGCCAAUGUUGUCGUGUUCUUGGUUGGAGCCAUUCUCACGGUUGCUGCCACUCACCAACUAUCUUUCAUUUAUGCCGGACGGGCAUUGACAGGUGUAGCCUGCGGCGCGAUCACCGCUACAGUCCCAAGUUAUAUUGCUGAAUUAUCCAUCGAUUCCAUCCGCGGCAUUUUGACGGGGAUGUUUGAGGUGGCAUACCAGGUUGGAACGCUUGUUGGCUUCUGGAUCAACUAUGGUAUCAAUCAGAGUAUGGAUCUCUCAUCCACAGCCAGCUGGAAAAUACCGAUGGGGGUCCAGCUCAUUCCUGCCAGUGUUCUCUUCCUCGGUGGCUUCGCUCUACACGAAAGCCCCCUGUGGCUGAUGCGCAAGGGCCGCGAAGAAGAUGCUGCCCAAGCAUUAGAGUGCAUUAGAAAAUUACCACCGACCCAUGCCUACGUGCAAGAAGAGCUAGAAAUGGCUCGCAACAGGCUAGUCGAGGAAUCUAAAAUUGCCAGAAAUUAUGGACACGGCGCGUGGGCCUUAUUUCGAGGAACCUUGUUUGAACUAUCCCGGCCAGGCAUGCGGAACCGUGUUCUUCUAGUUUUCUGCGCCUUCACACUCCAGAACAUGUCCGGGGCCGCUGCGAUCAACUACUAUUCGCCAACCCUUUUCAGUUCCAUCGGCAUAAGCGACGUUGCCCUCUAUACUGGAAUAUAUGGCUUAGUCAAAGGUGCAUAUGUCAAAGUGGGCCACCCGGCGGACAUUAUUGCGUCAGGCAAACAGCUAUCGCCAUCUACUGCUGCUGGAGGCCGAGCCGCAACAGUUAUGAUAAUGAUUUACUCGGUCUUGCUCACUCAAUUUGCGAUAACGAAAGCACUUCCGUAUAUCUUUCAGUCAUUUGGCUAUGGAACAUGGUUCUUCUUCGCAAGCUGGAUGAUGUUAGCAUCCACCUGGGCAUUCUUUUUCCUUCCGGAGACCAAGGGACGUACUAUAUAUGAGAUGGACGUUAUCUUUGGAUAUGUCGGCAAUCCAUCAUCCGAAGACCACGAAAUCGCUGUCUUCCAGGAUGGGAAAGAAGGUUCUGUUAGCCAUUGUGAAGAACGGGUGUAG